CAGUCGAUUCAGUUUGCUUUUCGCUUUACAAACAUAAACAUGAAAUUAAGAAGCGGGUGAUCGCGUUAUUAUUCAAACAAAAUGAUAGCAAUAACACAAACCGACGAAAAAUUUCGAGCAAUUUUCUCGUACGAGAGAGUGCAUGAAUAAAUAAACCGUGAAAUAACGUAAAUAAUGCUAAAUAAAAUAUAAAAAAUAAUAAUAAUACCAUAUAUAUAAAUAAUGCUUUCUUUAACCCAUUCAACCGGUCGUAACGUAACGUUAAGAACGUAUGACAUUGAAUAAGCGUGUAAUUAAGCGGUUUUUUUUUUUUUAUUUUGAAAUCAAACAAAACCCAACUGUCAGUAAUAACUGAAUUUGAAAAAUACCAAAAACGGAAUAAGAAAAAGUAGUUGAAACAAAACGUAUGUCAGUUCGUUUUGGAAGAAGAGCACAAAAGAACGAGUAGUAGAGGAGAGUCAUUAAAACCAAUAACAACGAUAAGCGAAAAGCAGCUUUUAAUGGUCAUUGGCUUCAUUUUUGGUAACGCGAAUAAAGUGCUGUAAAACUUUAUGGCUGAUAAGUUAAUACAGAAAAAAAAAAAAUAGAUAAACAGGAAAAUAAAAAUUUUUUAAUUUUAAGUGAUAAAUAUUUAUGAAGUUUCAUAUAACACUCUAUAUAUAUCAUGGAUUUACCAUCCUCAAUAUUGACUGCUGCAUAUAGUAGGCGGAGUUAUUGUUUACAUACCUUACUGUUAUUAGGAUUAUGGAUUUCAAAUGCCAACAUUGGAUGCACAGGCCUACCACAUCCAAGACCGCAGUUAUCAAACAGUAUUAGCAAGGGCAAUGAUUAUGAUGCAAAUGUUGCGGUAGCACUGGGCGCUCCUCUACUAAUACCGCUUAUGGAUGAAUUAAUUUUAGAGGUAAAUAGCGAUUUUACGCUAAAGUGUGAAGAUAGUGAACCGAUUAUAUGGAAAUAUCCGAUGGAAGCCACUGUCGAUGAAAUUCAACAUAAAACCGAAGAUAAAAGUCGCCCAUUUGGCAGCACACUAACACUGCUCGAUGUCAAUUAUGUAUUUGUUGGCAAUUAUUAUUGCAUAAAGGCAAAGAGCUUAACUAAAGAUGUUCAGGGAAUGGAGGAUGCUGAGCUAACUGACUUGUCAAAUAGUAACUUAGCUUCAUCGAUAUACAUUUAUGUAAAUGAUACUGAGAAUUUCCUCGCUCCUAUGCUAUUUCCCGUUAUACAUGUUAUGCAAUUUCAAGAUGCUGUCAUACCUUGUAAACCCAGCAUGCCCAAUGUCGAUGUUCUACUGACCACACCCACUGGCAAGACUCUAGCGAGUGACAGUCCAGUGCGUUAUAAUCCACGAUUGGGUUUUGUUAUUGAAUUGCGUAACUUUCAAGAAAGUGGCCUUUACGUUUGCCGUCCAAAGAUACCGCCGUUAACUAACGAGGAGGAAUCAACGGAAAUUGAACUUAUACUUGAUGUAAAAUCAUCGUCUUUAAAUGCGCUUUCGGGUGUUGGUUAUCAUUACAACGGUGAUGAAUUUCAUCUUCAUACUACCACGGUUAACUCCAACAAAGUCAAUUAUGAUGACGAAGAUAUUAGUGUCUAUCAUGACGACGACAAUGAUGAUAAGGAGGACAACGAGAUUGAGUUAGCAUAUGAGAUUGAAAAAGUUUCUGAAUUACAAGUAAUGCCUAUACAUUUUCGGUUUGAUCGUGAUGUGCAAACAACAACACGUCGUUCGUCCUCUCAUCAUCUUAGUACCCGUCGCCCGUAUACAACACAUGUGGAUAAACCGAAUGUAACUUCAACGGCUAAACAUCAUGCCUAUGAAGGCGAUACUUUUCAAUUGAAAUGCGAAACUAAAAUAGCUCAUGAUGUUCGCUAUAAAAUUGAAUGGAUUAUGCCUGUAGGUGUAGAUAAGAAUCGCACUAUGGAAGAUGGCCACAAUUUGUUAAGGCAAACUGGCACUCACAAAUACAGUCAGCAUUCAUUGACUGUGAAGGAUGCCAAGAAGACAGAUACGGGCAAUUAUAUUUGCAACAUAAUCGAUCAUUCAAAUAAUCAGGCUCGCAAUAGUUAUCGCAUGAUUAUAAUGGAAAAAGGUACCAGUUAUAUCAAUAUAAGUGAACCAAACGAUUACUAUGUGAUAAGGGAAAAAGCGAACAAAACCAUCCAAAUGACAGUUCGAUACAGUGGCUAUCCUUGGCCAACAUUAACAUGGUAUCGCCCGGAUGGCAGUGAAAUAUUACCGGUGCCUAAUCAAAAAUUCAAUAUCACUACUACCGAAACCUCUUCAACACUGAAAAUAUCAAAUCCCCGCCUCUUGGAUAGCGGUACUUACGUCAUAAAUGCUACCAAUGGUUAUACCACGAGAAGUCAACAAUUCAAUGUCAGCAUUAGUGACAUACCUAUAGUGUCUGUGGAUGAUGUAUUUGUGCAGGCCGACGAAAAAGCUCAUGUUACCUGUCAAGUGCAAUCGCAUCCUAUUUCAUUAAUCACUUGGGUAUUCACACCAUGCAGCAUAGCGCCGCGUUGGCCGUCUUGUGACAAGAAAGUUAUACAAGAUUUCAAUGAGACGAGUUCACGGGAUGGUGAAACACCCAUUGAAAUUAUUUACGACUUGUACUUUGUACCAAAAACUCCUGGUAUUAUUCAUUGCAAGGCCGAAAAUAAAAUUGGUUCCGUUAUAGGACGCGCUCAUGUUCUUAUACGCGAUAUUGAAGCCAAUAUGACUAUCUCGGGAGUAACUGAUGAGGAUGUCAUAGCUCGAGGUGACCGGGUCACCAUAACAUGCGCGGCAGUCGCUUACUAUUUCUCAGAUGAAAUAAAUUGGUUUAAGGAGGGUAUACCUGUUCAACAAAGAAGCGAUCUUUUGAUCACCAAAUUCUCCAGUGAAUAUUCUUAUCAAACAACGUUAACAUUUACGAAUAUUCAAGAUAGCGAUCGGGGUGCUUAUGAAUGUCGUGCUCGGCAUAUAAAUCAUGAUGAAGUCGAUUAUAAAUUUGUAGAUUUAUUCAUACAUGAACCUUCUGCACCGCGCAUGAAAGACACUAAUUUGGGAGGUAAUAUUAAAAUUGAACGCAAAUUAGGAGAUUCGCUGGAAUUGAAAUGUGUAUCCGAGGCCAUUCCCAAAGCUACAAUCGACUGGUAUAAAGAUGAAAUAAAAAUUACCACAAAUGCCAGCAAUCUGUCAAUGGAUAGCCUAAUUAUACCUUAUAUAAGGCCGGAAGAUGAAGGCCAAUACAAAUGUGUGGUAUCAAAUCGUUUGGGUGUAAUAGAAGAAAUUGUCACUGUAAAGAUAACAAACAUGCCUGGGUUGAAACUGGGUUGGAUUAUGGGCAUAUUAUUAGUGCUUUUAGUGUUAAUUUGCUUGGUUAUCUAUCUAUGCAUACGUGUAAACCGUGAACGAAGACUUUUACGUGAACUUAAGGCAGCUGGCUUAGCCAAUUUUGAAGAGGGCGCCGUUGAACACAUUAACCCUGCCCUCACCUUGGAUGAACAAGCUGACUUGUUGCCCUAUGAUCGUGGUUUUGAGUUUCCACGUGAGAAACUCAAAUUGGGUAAGCAACUAGGCGCUGGAGCGUUCGGUGUUGUGUUAAAGGCUCAUGCAGAAAGUAUACGGCCCGAGGAAAAAGAGUCUGUGGUGGCGGUGAAAAUGGUUAAACGAAAUGCUAACAAUGAAGUAAUGCGAGCCUUGGUAUCAGAAUUGAAAAUUAUGGUACAUUUAGGUCAACACUUGAAUGUAGUCAAUCUCCUAGGUGCGGUUACCAAAAAUAUAGCUAAACGUGAAUUAAUGGUUAUUGUGGAGUAUUGCCGUUACGGUAACGUUCAAAACUUUUUAUUACGCAAUCGCAAACGCUUUAUCAAUCAAAUCAAUCCGGCAACGGAUAAAAUUGAUGUCACUAUAACAACACAAAGAUUCUCCGAUAAUUUCGAAUUAAAUCGUGAUGGUUUGAGGUAUGCUAACCUACCAUUCUCCAAUCAUCAAUAUAUCAAUCACAUGAAUAACAUCAACAAUAUGAACAACAAUUAUUCAAUAAAUAAUCGCAGAAACUCUGAUAAUGAUCCACGUUCGGGCACCCGAGCCGGCCGUCCAAAUUCAACCGGUUACAUCACCCAAUCCGAACUCUAUGAGGGUCAAUUGAAUACCUGUGCCACUGAGCAGACAGUAAUGACGACCGUUCCGGAAGAUGACGAUAACAACAUCAUGUCGAAUAAUUCAGUACAGCCAGCAUGGCGUUCCAAUUACAAACCCGACUCGACGGAAGCGAUGUCCAUAACGACUACGGAUUUAGUAAGUUGGGCAUUUCAAGUUGCUUGCGGUAUGGAAUACUUAUCUUCCAAGAAAGUGUUGCAUGGCGAUCUGGCAGCCAGAAAUAUUUUACUAUGCGAAGAUAAUAUAGUGAAAAUUUGUGAUUUCGGUUUGGCGCGUUCGAUGUAUAAAAGCGAUAACUAUAAGAAACAAGGCGAAGCACCGCUGCCAAUUAAGUGGUUAGCUUUAGAAUCGUUGAGCGAUCAUAUAUUUAGCACUUAUACCGAUGUCUGGUCGUUUGGUAUUGUGUUAUGGGAAUUCUUUUCAUUGGCAAAAGUACCCUACCCGGGUAUGGAUCCGAACCAAAGUUUAUAUUUGAAAUUGAAAGAUGGCUAUCGCAUGGAAAAGCCACCUUACGCAAAUGAUGAUUUAUAUGAUAUAAUGUUGGAAUGUUGGAGCACAAAUCCCGAACGAAGGCCGUUGUUUAAUGUAUUGAAAGAAAAAUUUGCUUCUAUGUUGGGUGAGGAAGUCACUAAUCACUACGUGGACUUAAAUGAACCAUAUUUAAGAGUGAAUAGCGAAUAUAUGAAAAGAAAUCAAACCGAUUAUUUAGCAUUAAUGGGCGCUCCAGAUGAAAUGGCUCCGCCUCCACCACGUUAUGUUAACGGCCAUAUAUUGCCAGAAAUACGCAUUGACUUAUCUUCAGACGAUUAUCUGCAAAUGAGUCCCAACAACGGCUCAGUCAUAUUUUCACCGACCCGUCCAAAAGAAACGGCAGUGAUUAAUGACAACGAUGACGAUAAACUAAAUCGCCAACCUCUUAUGACAACAACUUCUUUCACCUUCCCAGAUACAGCGGCGCAACAGCAUUCCCCUACGCUUGCCAAUAACUUAGAUGAUAGAAGUCAUUUGAAUAAGGUACGCAACAAGAAGGACGGCGUGGAGCCUAUACCCGAGGAGAUACCUAUGCUGGCUAACGCCAAUUCACAAGCAAGUCCUGAGCAAUCGACGAAAUUUUCUCAGCUACUGCAACAAGCUCAUCGCAACACCCCCACGCCUUCGCCGCGACAUCACGUAGCCGAGACUAAGUUAACUGCUGAUGCCGAGAAUUAUGUUAAUCUAAAAUCACCGAAAAGGCUAUUAAAUAAUAAUGGAUCCUCUAAAGGGCCUGAAGCCUUUUCAAAUCCCGGUUAUCAAAUACUCAAGACUGUAGCGGAAAAAGUGGACAACAAUUAGUGCUUUAGUGAAACGUAAAAACUAAAUGCUGAUUCCUUCCUUUCCUCGUAUUCACCUCACCAUGUCAAUCAGGUUAAUUACUUACAUAUAUAUAAAUAAAUAUAUAAAUAAUUUGUAUUAUAUAUUAAUGACGU